CCCGCGUGGAAGCAAAGGAGGAGAAGAGCCUGGGAAGUUGUCCCAGGGCAACGGUCACUCCCGCGCGGACGCACGUCUCCCCCGGCCGAGCAGCCCCGUUGGCUCCGCUCCUCAGGGGAGUCCCCAGCGGCAGCCAUGCCGCAAGGCCCAGCGCUGCGCCUGGUGACCCUGCGGGAAGCCCAGGUGGAAGCGGAGUCGGGGCCCACGUCUGAGCAGCCUAUGAAGAGGGCCCAGGAUGCCCAGGAGGAGGAGAAGGAGGCCAAGGCCUCCAAGAAAAAGCCCCCCUACCUCACGGUGCUCCCGAAAGCCAUGCUCAGGUUCACCCGGGCCACAAAGAGGAAGAAGGCCAAGCUCUCCGCGCUCAAGAAGGCGCCGGGGAAGCAGUCCGCCGGCUCCGCGGGGGACAGGUGCGGCCUGGGCUGCCUCGUGAUCCCCUUCUGCCAGCGUUUCAACAGCAUUCAGUGGUUCAUGGCUUUCUACUGCGUCCUGCUCGUGUGUCAGGGUAUUGUGUUUGGUCUUAUUGAUCUGAGCAAUAAUGAUUUUGAACAACACCAUAUUCUGACAACCACUGAGAAAUUAGCAUUGACACUCAGUUAUGAUAUUUCUUCUUGCUUGGUGGCAGUAUUUAUAGCAUACUAUGGAGGGAGCGGAAACAGAAUAAAGUGGAUUGCAUUUUCCUCCUUUCUGGUAGGAUUUGGAUCACUUUUACUUGCUUUUCCAUACUUCGGUGUUAAAAGUUAUGAAUCAGAGGUAAAAACUGAAGAUAUUUGCAGCACAACGAAGAUUCUUGAUCCCUGUCUGAGAAGCAAAUCAUCAUUUCAAGCAAAAUAUGUAACGUUUUUCGCUCUUGGACAGAUAGUUCAGGGAAUGGCAGGAAUGCCUCUUUACAUCCUUGGGAUAACCUUUCUUGACGACAAUGUUUACACACACUCAUCUGGCAUCUAUUUAGGUAUUGCAGAUGCUGCAGCAAUACUCGGUUAUGCUUUGGGGUAUGCAAUAGGAGCGCCACAACUUGAGUCCUCUCAAAACAGUACUUCUCAAGCAGAAAAUGUUCUCAGCCCUGCUGCUGAUGUACAACAGGGGAAGAAUUGGUGGCCUGAUUUUCUUUUUGUCUCUCUGCUUGCAUGGUCUACACUGAUACCAUUCUUAUGCUUUCCAUACAAUAUAGCAGGUACAGCAAAGAUAAGAGCUAGGAAACAAAAAGAGUUUUAUAUGUUUGACAGCAACCUUAAAUAUUGGAAAUUUGGACCAAGUAUUAAGGAGUUGUUUGGUGCUGUUUGGAUGCUGCUGAAGACUCCAGUGUUUAUGUACCAAGCUCUGUCCAAAGCUUCAGAAUCUUUAAUUAUUAUUGGAGCCACUGAAUUUUUGCCUAUAUAUUUAGAAAAUCAGUUUAUAUUAACACCCGCGAUGGCAGCUUCACUUACAGGACUUAUUUUAAUUCCAGGAGGUGCACUUGGCCAACUUCUAGGAGGCAUCAUUGUUUGCCAGUUGGAAAUGUCCUGUAAAGCCCUGAUGAGAUUUAUAAUAGCUUCAUGUACUGUAUCAAUUGUAUUUCUUGGAAUAUUAAUUUUUGUACACUGUGAUCCGGUGAGGUUUGCUGGAAUCAAUGAGAAUUACAAUGGAACAGGUCAGCUGGGAAAUCUCACAGCUCCCUGCAAUGAUAGGUGCAGAUGCUCAACAUCACUGUAUGCCUCUGUGUGUGGAAGGGAUAUGGUUGAAUAUUUUUCUCCAUGCUUUGCAGGCUGCACGAGUUCAAAAACUAUAGACAAUCAAAAGAAGUACUAUAACUGUUCAUGCAUUAAAGAAGGAUUAACAACUGCUGAUGCACAUGGUGAUUUUAUUGAUGCUGUACUUGGGAAAUGUGAUAUGUACUGUUACACAUUACCUUUGUUUUUUGCAUUUAUUUUUUCUGCAAUUGUUUUCUCUGGUUUUUGUGGUGUACCAAUCACUCUGAUUAUCUUCCGGACUAUACCUGAGCAGCUCCAUUCUCUCGCCAUCGGUAUAACCUAUGUGAUUAUAAGAAUAUUCGGGACAAUUCCUGGGCCAUUACUUUUUAAAAAAACAGGAGAAACCUCAUGCACCUUUUGGGAUAUCAGUAAAUGUGGACACAUGGGACGUUGUUGGGUCUAUAACAAGACAAAAAUGGCAUUCAUUUUGCUUGGAAUAUGUUCUCUUUUCAAAAUAUGCACUAUCUGUUUUACUACCAUUGGAUUUUACAAAUACAGCCAUUUUAUAAAGGAAAAAAGAGGCAUCCUGCAAGAUAUACCUUGGAAGCCUACAAAAACAAAAAGAAAGAAAAGGACUCGCUUUUAACUAGGCCUUCAUCAUCAGGAUUGUUGAAAAUCUGAGAGUCAGAGUCUGAAAACAGAUGUGUCUCUUUUAAAGAUGCCAGAAGAUGUGUCGCUGUAUCUUACAUUCAGAAGAGGAAAAUCACACAAUGUUUACCUGUCUCAGAAAAGAACUUAUAGUGAUUUAUAUUUUAAUAAUAAAGUACCUUCUUCUAAGGAA